AUGUCGAUUCCUCAAAUUAGUGCUACGGAAAGUGAUGUGUUGAUGGCUUUGUUACUUCGAAACAAACAAUGGGGCGUAGUGCCUGAACGAGGCAGCAUGACAGCCCAACACUUUAGGUAUCUGUUAAGGCUGAUGAAAAGGAGGCUGCUUGCAUUUACCAUGGAUCAUAUUGACUUUGUGAAGAUUAUCUUUUUUUGGAAGAAGCAAUACUUCACUAUCAAGGCUAUGUUGAAGACGAGGAUGUUUUCUUGGGGCUCGGCUGACUUGUACGUCAUCGAUAGGCAAAUCGCUGGAGUGCGUGACUACGUAGUGGCAAACAAGUUUGCUAGAAUCUGGUGCAUUGAUCCAUGUCCUUUGUUCGAGAAAAUGAUGGAGAUUUUUGACAACAUGUCCCCGGAAGAGCUGAUUGAAAGGGUGGGCUCUUGUUCAGGUGGUGAUCCAGCAGAAGACAUAGAGGUUAUCAAUGUUUUUGAUUAA